GCUGUAGUUUGCGUCACUGUUGGAUUUUAUUUUCCAAGGGUUGUUAAAUUUACGCCACCCUCCCUGAAGAAAGCACAAGCUUCUAAUAAAGUGGCAAAUGAGUGUGUAACUUGCUAACCACCACGUUGAGUAACACUAUGCAAACAACAGUUGCUGAAAUCCACAAGUGACCACCGGUUGGUCCAACCCACAGCGUCACUUCAGCUACAGGCUCUGCUGCAUGUAAGUGCCAACAAAUGCUGAGCAAUGACUUCCAUGCAGCGCUGAAAAAUCAAAGACAGCAACUUUCCAAUAUGAACUUUGACACUGGGGGGGCGACAUCCGGGUUCUGACCAUGUGACCACAGCUCGCUCUCACAUGACAGGAGGCUGCUCGAGCCAGCUUUUCAAUCCACAUUCAAAAAAAUGAACACGAAGUGAAAUAAAAUGAAAGACUGUGAGUUUUAAAAGCACCGAUCACUAUGAGUGACAGACUCGCGGUGCCAACUCUGACAGUGAAGGCACACAGACCUCAUUUCUCUGCGGGCAGCUUUGCUUGUUUUACCUGUGCAUGAUGGCCUGAGGGUCCGCACGCCCAAACUGCUGGAAGAGGUUCAGAUACUGAGAGCAAGUAAACCAGGAAGAGUGAAAGUUUUAAGAAAUGUCAAAGAUCAUCUGCGCAGGAAAACAUCCACAUAUCAUUAACCUCAACUCUAUUAAUGAACUAUAUUAAUGCUUUUUGUUGUUGUUGUUUAUGUUCUGGUUUCCUGUUCAAAUCACAGCUAGACAGUUUUCCACGCUGCAACCUUUCCGGAAGAAAUCAAUACCACCAUGGAAACUUUGCAACAGUAUCAAAGAUCAUCACCAGCAACGGUGACAGUGAAGUAAUUUUCGACAGGAGGGCAUCAAGCAUCAGGCGUGAUGUUGGUGCGCACAGAAGAUUGACUUAUGAGGAGGCAGUGCAGGAAGCGGGUUUUGGUUUGUUCCACUGGCUGCUGUUGGCGGUGUGUGGCUGGGCCAAUGCCAGCGAUGCCGUGGAGAUUCUCUGCGUGUCUUUUCUCCUGCCGACGGCGCGCUGCGAUCUGCAGCUGAGCUCCUCAGAAAUGGGCCUGCUGACCGCCAGCAUUUUCCUUGGAAUGAUGGUGGGUGGCUACCUGUGGGGAUACCUGGCUGACCAGAGGGGGCGUCGCAGCAUCUUGGUCGUCUCCCUGACCAUCAACGGGCUGUUUGGAAGUCUUGCCAGCCUGGCUCCGUGGUUCUGGCUCUUCCUGCUGCUGAGGUUCAUCAGCGGCAUUGGGGUCGGCGGGUCGAUCCCCGUUAUCUUCGCCUACUUCUCGGAGUUCAUGCCCCGUCUGAGGAGGGGUGCAAUGAUCAGCGCUCUGGCCACCUUCUGGAUGGCAGGAAACAUCCUGGCUGCAGGUCUGGCCUGGUUGGUGAUUCCAACGACAUGGGCACAUUUCUCUGUGGGAUCUCUGGACUUUCAGAGCUGGAGGCUGUUUGUGGUGCUCUGCUCCGUCCCCAGCCUCACCUCAGCCCUCCUCUUCAAGCUCCUCAUGCCUGAAAGCCCCAAGUUCCUCAUGGAGGCUUCCCGCGAGAGAGAGGCAAUCCAAGUCUUCCGGGUGAUGUUUGAGCUGAACAUGUGGGGAAAAGGAAAAGAUUUCCCGGAAUUUGGUUUGUGUGCGAGCUCCAAGCACCACAGAGGGGAACCGGAGGGGACUGGGACUCUGGGUUCACUUAGAGGGACUCUUGUCUGUAUUUUGAAAAAGGGCUUGGGGCCCCUUAAACUGAUGUUUAAAAGUCCACUAAAAUCCAGGAGUGUCGUCCUGCUCGUCGUCUUCUACUGCAUCUCCUUCGGUUACUACGGGCUGUGGAUGUGGUUCCCGGAGCUUUUUGAGAGGAUUGAGGACGGCGGUUCACCCUGUGCCAACGUGUCCCUCCAGACUCCACUCCACAACCAGAGCUGCUACCCGGUCAAAACAGCUGUGUACAUGGAAGGCUUCUUGAUCGCUGCAUCCAACCUGCCGGGAAACAUCUUCACUAUUCUCGUGGUGGAGAGCGUCGGAGGAAAAACUCUGCUGUCCUGCAGCCUGCUGGUGUCCAGUCUCAGUGUCUUCUUCAUCUACGUGGUCCAGACCAGGGUUCAGAGCGUUACCCUGUCCUGUGUCUUUGGUGCCGUGUCAGUGAUCACCUGGAACUCCCUGGACGUGGUGGGAACCGAGCUCUACCCGACUCAGCUCCGGUCCUCUGCUCUCGGUUUCUUCACAGGAGUGGGCCGAGUGGCAGCGAUCACGGGUAACGUGGUCUUCGGAAAGUUGGUGGACUCGAACUGUGCCGUGCCGAUCCUGCUUGUGUCGGCUCUGCUGCUGACCGGAGGACUGGUGGCUCUUCUGCUUCCGCAAACCAAGCAGACUGAGCUCACCUGAUGGCUCGGACUCUCUAAGUCACGCUUUAAAUUAAUAAAUUAUUAGCAAACAUCCUCUUAACGUCUUUAAGGAAGCAGACUGUAGAAUUUCUGCCUUUUUUGUCUCCUCCCGGAGGACUUCUGGACGCUCUCCCGUCUGUCGUCUCUCUGUGUGCCUUUUCGCAGUGCCUCAUUCAAAACGCCAACAUGAAGAGAAACUGUCAAAAGGCAGACGGCUCCAUACAACCUGCCAAGAAUUAUUAUUCAGGAAAUAAGGAAUAAGAAGAAAAAGAAAUGCAUUUGCACUACAUGGUUAAUGUGAGCUUCUGAAGAUUCAAAUCCUGCUCAGGCACGAAGUGUACAAACUGCCAAGAACAACUUCAGAAAGUUUGUCAGUCUCAAACUCGACCAAAGUCUUCCCUCCUAUGUCAAAAGGUAGUCUGAACAUGAUGACUUUCUGGAGUGAUCGGAUCAGAGGCCGAUGUGGGACUGGAAUCUGAGAUGUGAAAAGGCCUUUGGCGGUCGUCUUUCGGGCUCAAUGGGCAGCCUUUGCAGUAAAGAUAAAAUCACAAUUGUCCUUUUCCUUAAACGCCUGAUCAUGUGUACAAGCUACACCAAUCAGAUUCAUUUUGGAAGACCAAAGAUUAUAAAUUUCAUCUGACAGUCACUAAAAGCACCAGAGCAGGUACAGAUGAACUUUAUCAACCCGAGUGAACACGAGUGCUGGAAAAAGUGUUCCUUUACUACAGCGACUUUAAUUGCAUUCAAAAACGCACUUGAGUAAAAGCCCGAAGGCACAAAAAAAAAUCAAGAGUAAAUGUACUGCCCCCCUUCUCUUGACUGGUGUAGUAUUUUCUAUGACAAGAUUUUUACUGUUGCAGCUGCUCGAUGCAGAGCCUGAACUCCUUUGUUAGAAAUCACCAGUUUAAUCAGUAGCCAUAAAUUGCAUUUUAGAGGCUUUUCGUGUUUUGUAAUCUGAAUCCAACUAACUAUAGUUAAGCAGGAAUUGUACACAACUGCAGUACUUGGGUAGGUGUAUUUACAAACCAAAAAACGUCUCCCGAAAUGUUUGCAUUUUUCAGACAAAAGCUUUCAGGAAAAUGUCUGUACUUCAGUUUUUUACUUGAAUACUUUAUAACAGCAGACUGCUGACCGUUUACCUCCACUCAGCACUCCAGUGGGGUUUUUUUCCAUAAGACUGAAUGAGACGUGACGAUGUAUCUGUAAUUUUUAUUUGUAUAAUAAAUAAACUUGUAAUAC